AUGACGGAUGCCAGCACGAAUCCCAAGCGGAAUGGGACCAUGACGGACACGAAACCAACCAUCAAGCAGCAGCAGCAGCAGACCACCCAGAACACAAACACGACCGACACGCCAAAGUCGCAAGAGAGAUCCAAGAGCACUGCCACAGUAGACAGCCCGUCAAGCCCUCCGAGAAAGAAGCGCAGAAAGGUCAACCAUGCCUGUGUCUACUGCCGUCGAUCGCACAUGACAUGCGACCUCGAACGACCAUGCGCCAGAUGCGUCAAACGCGACAUUGCCCACCUGUGCCAUGACGAACCCAGAGAGCCCACCAAGGGCAAGAAGCCAGAUACGGACACACCGCCUGCCGACACGAGUGUCAUCGAAGACGAACGCAGAAGUAGCUUGAGAAUGGACCCUCCCGCCAUACAACAGCCCAAGCCAAUGUCGCCAGUACACAUCAAGCAGCAGAGCCAAUCCUCAAACAACCAGCGGCCCUUCUCCAUCAACGACUGGAACUUUGAUUCGACAAGCCAACUCCACGAUAUGCGCAAUCUGCACCCAAACUACACCUUCAACACCUCCGAGGUAACCGACGAGUAUAACUUCCUCGGCGACUUUCUGAACAACAGUCUCCUCGACGACGGCGCAACCUACAACCCCGACGACACGAGCACAAUCUUCAAUGACCCACUGCUAGCAACCGGCUCCCUCUCCACCUACGCAAACAACAUGAAUCUCUUCUCAGGCAUCCACCAAGCUCAGUCUUCCACCAACCCUCCGCAACAACCACAACCUCAAGACCCCCAAAUCUCCGCUCUGGCAACCGACAUCACCCGCCCCUCCUCCGUCAUACCCGUCGACACCAAAGCCCGCGACAAAUUCUACAUGACCGCCGCCGACCCCGCCGGCAACGACACCNCCGAAGCCCGCAUGUUGAAGCUGCUCCAAGCAAAAUACGACGCAGGCAUGCUGCGUCCCUUCAACUACGUCCGCGGCUACUCGCGUCUAAACACGUACAUGGAAUCCCACAUGCGCCCACCCCUCCGCCAAAAGAUCCUCCGCCAACUCGAGAAAUUCCGCCCCAAGUUCAGAGAGGCAAUGCACAAUCUCACCGACAUCCAACUCAUCCGCGUCGAAAUGUGGUGGGAAAGCACGCUCAUGGAAUACGAUCGCGUCUUUGCCUCCAUGGCGAUUCCCGCAUGUUGCUGGCGUCGCACGGGCGAAAUCUUUAGAGGAAACAAGGAAAUGGCCGAAUUGAUCCAGGUGCCCAUGGAAGAAUUGCGGGAUGGAAAGUUGGCAUUGCAUGAAAUCAUGGCCGAGGAUUCUUUGGUCAGUUAUUGGGAGAAAUUCGGCGCGAUCGCUUUUGAUCAGAGUCAAAAGGCCAUCUUGACGUCUUGCACGUUGAAGAAUCCCCACGACGAUGACGACGAUACGACGAGUGGUGGAGGAGUGGACAAAGAUGAAUCAGGCAGAAAAUCCGACACAAGACCAGGAAGCAGCAGCAGCAAGAAAAAACCAACGGGUCAAUUGAGGAAAUGCUGUUUUUCCUUUACGAUACGCAGGGAUAUACACAACAUUCCUUCGGUCAUUGUGGGUAAUUUUUGCCUAUAU